CUUUUUUAAUGCAGCAACAACAACUCGGAACGGAUUUAAUUCUUUAAUUCUGCAACAUUUUUAUCAAAAACGUUUAUUAGCAAACCAGCGAAUAGAAAAGCCUCAAGCUGGCGGAGAAAAAGGUUCAGAUGGCGCUAUGCCAGACAUCGGUGCUGAAGGUGUAUCAUGCCGUGAUCGAGGAUGUCAUCACAAACGUGCGCGACGCCUUCCUGGACGAGGGCGUGGACGAGCAGGUACUUCAGGAGAUGAAGCAGAUUUGGCGUAACAAGCUGCUGGCCAGUAAGGCUGUUGAGCUGACCCCUGAGCCGGGCGAGGGCUCGCAUCCACCGCCCAUUGUGGCCAAUAAUCCAAAGAACACUAAGGCAGCCAAUGCCAAGGCCAAGAAGGCCGCCGCUGCGGCCACAUCACAGCCACAAAUUGGCAGCAGCAGCUCGUCGCUCGUACUAAAGUCGGUCGCCGGUGGUGCAACGGGAAGUGGCAUCAAAAACGGACUGGUGCCCAUCAAGCAGGAAGUUAACUCACAGAACCCGCCGCCACUGCAUCCGACCUCCGGCGCCGCACUGCUGCAGAAACAACAGCAGGCGGCUGGCGGUGGUGGACAGGCAUCCAUUCCAAUAGUGGCUACGUUGGAUCCCAACCGUAUAAUGCCAGUAAAUAUCACACUGCCCUCGCCAGCCGGCUCGGCAAGUUCGGAAUCUCGCGUACUCACCAUUCAAGUGCCUGCCUCGGCACUCCAGGAGAAUCAGCUAACACAAAUACUAACGGCUCAUCUGAUUUCCUCCAUCAUGACCUUGCCCACCACUUUGGCCUCGUCUGUGCUGCAGCAGCACGUCAAUGCUGCCCUUAGCAGUGCCAACCACCAGAAAAAUCUGGCCGCAGCCAAACAAUUGGACGGUGCCUUGGACUCGUCCGAUGAAGACGAAAGCGAAGAGAGUGACGACAACAUUGACAACGACGACGAUGAUGAUGUAGACAAAGAUGACGAUGAAGAUGUUGAGCACGAGGAUGCCGCCGAAGAGGAGCCCCUCAACAGCGAGGACGACGUCACUGACGAGGACUCCGCAGAAAUGUUUGACACAGACAACGUGAUUGUCUGCCAAUACGAUAAGAUCACCCGUUCACGCAACAAAUGGAAGUUCUAUCUCAAAGAUGGCAUUAUGAACAUGCGUGGCAAGGAUUAUGUAUUCCAAAAAUCGAAUGGUGACGCCGAAUGGUAAACCAUGACCGCAGUGUGAAUAUAUACAUACAUAUAUAAAAGACAUCAAAACAAAGAGCCUCAUCGAAUGCGCCUUCGGCCUUGAACAAUAAAAGCUGACUAAACCAGGACCCCCUGACCCUCUGGAAAAUUCGACCAAGCGAGAGCCAAACGAAGUAUAUUAUUUUAGUUCCAUCUGUUUUUGUAUACUAAGGAUCCGCGAGCUGUGUUGCAAUUAACCAACUCAAUUACAAUGUAUUUAACAAAA